CUUUUUAGAUGUGACACCUGACAUUUAAUUGUUAACCUCUUUCACCUUUCCUGUCAUAUCAUGACAAAUGUUGCUCGUUUUGCAAACAAACGGAUAUUUAUUAAUAUAUUAUUAAAAAAUAAAAGUAUCUUUUUGUGUUGAAGUAUAUUUCACUAUAAGAAAAUGAAAGUGGUAGCUCUAAUAAGUGGUGGCAAAGAUAGCACAUACAAUAUGAUGCAGUGCAUUGCUGCUGGACAUGAGAUUGUUGCUUUAGCAAAUUUAUUUCCAAAAAACAAAACUGAAAUAGAUAGCUACAUGUAUCAAAGUGUUGGGUUUGAAGCAAUUGAUUUCAUUGCAAAAGCAAUGGAUUUGCCAUUGUUUCAGAAAGAAACCUUAGGGAUCAGCAAAGAACGAGGAAAAGUAUAUAAUGUGACUCAAGAUGAUGAAGUAGAAGAUUUAUUUGAAUUGCUCCAAAAAGUGAAGAAAAAAGUUUCUAUUGAUGCUGUUUCCAUUGGUGCUAUUUUAUCAGAUUAUCAACGAGUUAGAGUAGAAAAUGUGUGUGAAAGAUUAGGACUCGUUCCUUUGGCCUAUCUUUGGCAAAGAAAUCAAGAAGAUCUUUUAGAUGAAAUGAUUAAAUGUGAAGUGGAUGCUGUACUUGUGAAAGUUGCUGCUUUAGGCCUAGAUCCAACAAAACAUUUGGGCAGAUCACUUAGUUCAUUACAACCUUAUCUGCUGACUCUUCAUGAAAAAUAUGGAAUAAAUGUUUGUGGUGAAGGAGGAGAAUAUGAAACACUCACCUUGGAUUGUCCACUUUUCAAGUAUCGAAUUGUGAUUGAUAAUUCGGAAAUUAUACUGCAUUCAAAUGAUCCCUUUGCACCAGUUGGUUUUCUGAAAUUGAACAAGCUAAGAUUGGAACAAAAACUUCCUGUUUUGGAACUCCAUGAUAGGCUAAGGAAUUUGCCAUUGAAAGAUAGUGAUGGUUAUGUUACUGACCAAGGGGAAGAUAUAAAAGAAUUGAACGAAGACGAAUUGGAUUCCGAUUCUGUUAGUCAAUGUAAAAUGACAAUCGAUACUGUUGUGCAAAAAUCAUCAGCAAAACAAAAUUUAUCUGUGCAUCAAGCUGGAAAUGGAUGGCUGUGGAUAGGUGGCAUCAGAGGAGAAUUGGAUGGUAAUCCAAUGGAAAACGCUAUAUCAAAGUUAAUGUUAUGCCUAUCCCAAUAUGGACAUGAACUAGCAAAUGUCUGUUCAGUUACUGUGUAUAUAUCGGACAUGAAAUUAUUUACUCAGAUUAAUGAGGCCUAUGUAAAAUAUUUCAAUUUUGCAAAUCCACCUACAAGAGCAUGUGUUGAGGUCCCUUUGAACAAGGAACAUCCAGUUAUUUUGGAUGCAAUUUCAUGGAAAAUACUUGAAAUUGCACAAAUAGACUCUCCUGUAGAGAGAUUCACUAUGCAUGUUCAAAGCAGAUCUCAUUGGGCUCCUGCAAAUAUAGGACCUUACAGUCAAGCGGUCAAAAUUGGGGAAGUAAUCUAUCUAGCGGGUCAGAUUGGAAUGAUACCUGGAAAUUUGGAGCUUGUAGAGGGAGGUGUCAAAUGUCAGUCUCGUCUUGCAAUGAGACAUGUAGAGAGGUUAUUGAAAGCGUCAGAUUCUAAUUUGAAUUUGCGAAACGUUGUCCAAGGAAUUUGUUAUGUUACAAACUUAUGCACAAUUCCGCAAGUGAGGAAGUUAUGGGAGGAGAAUACAAAUAAUGCCAUUGUUGAUUAUGUUGUUGUCCCUGUUUUACCGAAGUCUGCAUUAGUCGAAUGGCAUGUAUGGGCUCACAAAUACAAUCACAUGUUUGAGUAUGAGGAGACAGGAAGAUGCAUCGAAAAUGCGAAUUGGUCAAUCUCGAUAUUCAAAAGGUGGAAUCCCGAGGAUAAUAUAGUUGCCAUUGUGUGCCAUCUGGAAAAAACAAUCCCAAGUGAAGAGAGUAUAUUGAACCGAAAUAUUUUUGUGGAUGUUAUAGAUUACGCGCUGCAGAAGCUCGAUUUUGCGAAAGAAAAUUUCAAAGCUGUUCACAAUCUCAAAAUAUUUUAUCCUACGAUGAAGGAUGUUGACAGCAAUGAAUUCUUCGACUAUUUGGAUGAUCUGAGGAACGAGAUUUCGUUAACUUAUACUUUUGUACCCGUUAUGUACUGUAAGGAUCAAAACACAUAUUUAUCUAUUUGUGGAACAAGAACUGAGUGAUUUAA